GGCGGUUUCUCCGGCACUGACUGAGCAGCCUCGAAGAGACCGGGGCCCUGGAGGGGGUCUUAGGGAGUGCAGAGAGUGACGCGCUGAUUGGCUGGUCUACCCGGCCCGGAAAGAACCCGGAUGUGCCUGGGCCGCCGAGUUGGCAGUCAGGGCUGAGAGGUUUGGGCACGGUUGGGGUUCGCUCUACCUGGCCAAAUGGCGCAGGGUUGGGCAGGCUUCUCUGAGGAGGAGCUGAGGAGGCUAAAACAGAAUAAAGAUUCAUUCGAACCACCACGCCGUCUCCCUGUAAAGAAAACACGACAACAACUUCAGCGAGAAAAAGCCCUACAAGAGCAGAGCCAAAAACUUGGGCUUCAAGAUGGCUCAACCUCAUUACCUCCAGAGCUAAUGCUUUCUGCCCCAAAACCGAGAAUCAACACUCAGAAACCGCAUUUUUCCCCCACUUGCCCUAGCCCUUUAGCACUCACCUCUCCUGUUGGUGAUGGAAAACUAACGGAUACUGAAAGUCAACCCAGGGAAGCAGGACUUGAGAAUUCUUAUGAUGGUCCUGAAAACUUUGAGGUGCUUCCUCCAAAGCCAGAUUGCAAAUUGGAGAAAAAGAAAGUGGAAUUGCAAGAAAAAUCUCGUUGGGAAGUCCUUCAACAAGAACAACGACUAAUGGAAGAGAAAAAUAAACUUAAGAAAGCUCUUUUGGCAAAAGCUAUUGCAGAAAGAUCUAAAAGAACUCAAGCAGAGACUAUAAAACUAAAACGGAUCCAGAAGGAGUUACAGACUUUAGAUGACAUGGUUUCAGCUGACAUUGGAAUCCUCAGGAACCGGAUUGAUCAGGCCAGCCUAGACUAUUCAUAUGCACGGAAGCGGUUUGACAGGGCUGAAACUGAGUACGUUACUGCAAAGCUAGAUCUUCAGCGCAAGACUGAGAUAAAAGAGCAACUCACUGAACACCUUUGUACAAUCAUACAGCAGAAUGAGCUCCGAAAGGCCAAGAAGUUGGAGGAGUUGAUGCAACAGCUAGAUGUACAGCCUGACAUGGAGUCAUUGGAACUUGAAGUGGAGGUGGAACGAUUACUUCAUGAACAGGAAUCAGAAUCAAGGAAGCAAAUGGUUCCUAUAGAAAGGCCAUGUCAGCCUGCUCCAGAGAUUGUGACUUCAGGGCUUGCUAAAAAGAACAAAAAGCCUCAAGAACAAGCUGUUUCCCCAAAGGUAGAUGAACAGUGUGCAAAUUCCAGUAGUAUGUCCCAUCCUAAUCCAGACUACACAAAUCAAGGAGUUAAUGACAUUUCAGCUGCUCUCGCCUCAUGAAGUGUCAAUGUUCUUUUCAACUAAUAUGAUACCCAGUACAGUAGAUUGUGCCCUGACUGCUGAUAAAAUCCUUGUAAAAACUGUUAAUUUUUGGAUCCAUAAUUAGUAUGUUGACAUGUUUGACCAUUCUAAUUAUAAUUUUAUAUCUAUGUGACAUUGCACCUUGAUUUUGGUCCAGUUCUUUCAGUGUUCCUUUAACUGCUAUUAUUGGGCUAAAAUAAAUGACAAAAUGAUGGAAGAGCCUGAAGCCUUGUUCAGUUCUAAAACUCACCAAAAGAAAAAAUGGAAGGACACUAAAUUGUUUGAGUGGUUUUAGACCAGGUACAUAAAGAAAACUACAUUGAAGCAGGAUGUGGUGACACACACCUGUAAUGCCAGCACUUCGAAGACUGAGGCAGGAAGAUUGUUCAAGCCAGCCUAGGCCUCAUAGCCUGAUAGUUUCUCCAAAAAAAAAGGAAGAAAAAUGAUACACACUACCUCGUCAAACCAUUAACUUCCCCUGGGAGAAGUGUUGAGAAUGGAAGUCCUAUGUAUUUUAUGUAAUCAGUAAAAAAGGCAUAAAAAUCACAUGUGAAAAAGAGCUGGGUGUGAUAGUAAUCCCUGCACUUGGGAGGAUCUCAAGUCUGAGUCCUACCUGGGCAAUUUAGUGAGAUCCCAUCUCAAAAUAAAAAAUAAAAAGGGCUGGGGAUGUAAUUCAGUGCAAAGGCUUUGGGUUUAAUCCCCACGGUACAGGAAAAAAAAAAGAAGAAAGAAAAUUAUCUCUGCAUCUUUGCAGCCACACUUGCAAAACACAGCUUGAAAAUUAUACUUUACAUAAAGAACAGAAUAAUUUAAUCCCACAUUAUUUUUGUCCUUUUGUCUUUAAUUUGUCUUUAAAUGGUUUUAUUCAUAAUCUGAUUUUUCAUUAGUUGCUAUAUACACAUGUGUGUAUAGACAUAGUAUAUAUAUAUGUGACUUUUAAUCUCUUUAAUCAAUGAAUUGAUUAAAUUUAGACAAUAAAAACUUUUAGAAUAAUAUAGAAAGUUAUUGCUUUUUUGAUAUCUUUCUAAAGUUAUGUGUAAUAUAUGUUUUAUAUGUUGGGCAUAAAUUAUCUUGUCAUUAAGCAAUUUAAAUUGUUAAAAUGACUUAUUACUUUCAUAGAUGAUAAUUACCUGUUACUAAUACUUGACCACUACAUUGUUCUCUAUGUGAUUGUGUAUAUAAAUAUUAUAGUUUUGUCAUAAAAAUCUGUGAAUAUAUAUUAAAUUAUAGUCUAUCAGAAACUUGCAUUAAAGGAACUAUUAUAAAAGAAGGUAACGACAAGUGUAACAUUAUGUCCAUUAUGUUUCUUAAAACGUUAGGGACAUCCUGUUUUAAAUGAGUUUGUUUGAAAGUAUUCUAGUAACACACAUGAGCUUUGUACUUUUAUGUAGUUUGAAUUGAAUGUAUAAUUUUCCAUUACUGAAUUCUCUAAACAGAAUCAACUUAUGUAGAUGUAUUUUUAUUUAUGAAUAAUGUACAUAAAAAUGGAAAGCUUCAUUCCCUAAGACACUUAUUUUUCUAAGGAAUAAACAAGUGUGAUAUA